AUUAAAUUAAUUAAUUAAAAUGUUAACAUAACUGUAGUACUAGUAAAACCAAGUAUACAGCAAAGAAGUGUUGCCUUCCUCUGACAUUUGACAAUUGCAUUAUUAGUGAGGUUCACCUUGCUAUCAUUCUACUCUUGGUGCUUAUCAUUUAGCUUGGUGGGUGAGUCUCCGUUCGUCUCCUUCUUCAUUCCUCCAUCUUCUCUGCAUAGCAAUCAAAGGAAGGAAUCAGAAUAGAAUGGAAUCAAUAGUUCUUGGGUUGGCAACCACUAUGUUGGACAAGUUAGCAACCAGUGCUUUUCAGAAUAUUUCCAUGGCAAGGGGUCUAUAUGAUGACGUGGGCAACCUCCAAAACUCUCUCACAAUCAUCAGUGCCUUCAUUGUGGAUGCUGAGAACAAGCAAACCCAAAACCAAGCCAUCGUGGUGUGGCUGCGCCGGCUCAAAGAAGCUUUCUUUGAUGCCCGUGACAUCUUGGAUGAGAUUGAGUGUGAGUCCUUGAGGAAUCAAGUUGUCAAGAAGUAUGCAAACUUCUUCACAAAGGUACACCGCUUUUUCUCACCCUCUAACCCUCUUGUGUUUCGUGCUAAGAUGGCCCACCAGAUCAAGGACAUCAAGGACAAAAUAGAUGAGAUAGCUUCUCUUAGGAUGAAGUUGGGUCUCUCAGAGAUCCAUGCAAGUAGCAGUAGUAGUAAUGUGCCAGACAAUCAGAAGAUGGCUAGGAGAGAGACACAUUCUUAUGUUAGGCCUUCUUAUGUGAUUGGUAGAGAUGAGGAGAAAGAGAAGAUUAUUAUGUCUUUGAUGGUGCUGCCAUCAGAUGGUGAUGAGAUUGAUGUUGUUCCAAUUGUUGGAAUUGGAGGAUUGGGGAAGACCACACUUGCACAGAUGGUUUACAAUGAUGAAAGGGUGGAUGAACAUUUUAAGUUGAAAAUGUGGGUGUUUGUGUCUGAUGAUUUUGAUGUUAAGAGGCUGGCACUUGAGAUUCUUAAAGCUAUGCAUGGAACAGGUGUAGAUGCUCACAAUUUAAGUUUUGAUCAAGUACAAAAUCUACUCCGUGAGGGAUUAUAUGAUCAAAAAUUUCUGCUAGUUCUAGAUGACGUUUGGAACGAAGAUUAUAGGAAAUGGCUUGAAUUGAAAGAUCUUUUACUAGGCAUGAAUGAUGGAAAUAACAGAACUGGUAGCAAGAUCAUCACCACCACCCGUAGUGAGAAGGUUGCUUUGAUAAUGGGGAAAAUGUAUAAACACAACUUGAAAUAUCUUCCUGAAGAGGAUUGUUUGAAGCUAUUUGUUAAGUGUGCAUUUCCAGCUGGGGAGGAGAAACAACACCCAAAGCUUCUAGAAAUUGGGAAGGACAUUGUUAGAAAGUGUAAAGGUUUGCCCCUGGCAGUGGUAAGUUUGGGGUGCGCGCUAUACUCAAAACCUUAUGAAAGAGAAUGGAAGAAAAUAAGAGAUAGUGAAAUUUGGAAAAUGAACCAACAAGAUGAUGGCAUUUUGGCUCCAUUAAAACUGAGCUAUAAUCACUUGCCAUCUGAAUUGAAACAGUGCUUCUCUUAUUGUUCAAUUUUUCCAAAGGGUUAUGAGUAUACUAAUCUGGAGCUGAUUUCAUUUUGGAUGGCCCAUGGACUACUACAAACCAAAAAUGAAGAUGAAGAGCCAGAAGAUCUUGGUGAGUUGUAUAUUCAGGAGUUAGUUUCAAGAUCUUUCUUUGAAGGUGCUCUUGAAGAACAGGUUGUUAUUGAUGGUCUUAUUUUUGAAGAACUUAAGCUUCUCGGCAUCUCCUAUUUCAAAAUGCACGAUCUUAUUCAUGACCUUGCUGCGUCCACAAUGCAAAGUGAAAGGGCAGUAGUAAAAUUUAAUUCAACAAAAGUUGAAGAAAAGGUGCAGCAUUUAUCAUUUUCAGACAGUGGUGAAGGAGUUCCAACUUUUGGUGAAAAGUUGAAUAAGGUCCAAACCAUUGGAUUCUGGCAUGCAAGUCGAAGUGCUGAUGCAAUUGCUGAACCAUUUCUCAAAUGGAUCUGCAAGGAAUUCAAGUACCUCAGGGUGUUGAACAUACAAGGUUCAAAUUUUCAAUUCUUGCCAGACUGCUUCAAUAAAAUGAAACAUUUGAGGUAUCUUAAUCUCAGCUAUUGCCAGAGGAUGGAAAAGCUCCCAGAUUCCAUUUGCAAGCUCCAAAGCUUAGAGGUUUUAAAUCUCUGUAAAUGUGUAGCACUCAAAUAUAUACCCAAAAAAUUGAGGAAUCUUGUAAGCCUUAGGAUUCUGUGGAUUACCACACAGGUCACUGAUUUGUCUUAUUUAAGUAUUGGGAGCUUAAAGUAUCUACAAAUUUUAAUUUUGUGGAAUUGUGAAAGUUUAGUCUUCCUUCCACGUGAUUUGAGGCACCUGACUGCUUUAAAAAGGUUGAGUAUUGAGGCUUGUUGUGAGGUAGUUAGUUUUAAGGAUGAAGAACAAGGAGAAAAGGAAAACUACUCCUUGAAACUUGAACAAUUUUCUAUUGACAAAUUACCCAAAUUAGCAGCAUUACCUCUUUGGCUUAGAAGGUCUGCUAAAACAUUGCGAUACAUGGGCCUGUCAGAAUGUCCGAGCUUAACAGCAUUGCCUGAAUGGUUGUCAAAUCUGACAUCGCUUGAGACUCUUCUCAUCGGUGAUUGUCCAAACUUGACACUACCACAGAACAUGGAUCGUCUUGAUAGCCUUCAGAACUUAAAGAUAUAUGGAUGCCCACAGCUAGUUGAGAGAUGCAAACAAGAUACUGGCCCUGACUGGUCCAAAAUAGCUCAUAUUCCAAAUGUUGAACUUGAAUUUGCCAGCGUUUAGGGUGGCUGGGAAUUUAGAGCAAGCUCAAUCACCAAACAUCAUGGAGGCGGUAGAGACUUUGAAGUUUGCAUUCAUCGUUUCGUUUAUUUCUUUCCUAUUCAUUUUAUGUUACGGAAAUAACAAGAUCAACCUUGUAGAGGAGGGAGGUCUAGCGAUGAUAAGCAGACACUCAAAGCUAAGUCUAUGAAAUUUAUUUGAAAACAAUUUCAAUCAAAAUGUCAACCACAGGGUUGUAUAUGGCCGGAAUUACACAACUCUCUUAAGUUAUUUAUUCUAUAUAUUUUCUUUGGUGU